GCGGGACACUUGUCAAGUCCCUGGAAAAGACGCCUUAUUGGCAUGACAGGAUCACAGAUAAUUUUCUUGAAAAGGAACGCAGAGUAGAAUUCACGUGUAAGUAAACGGAAACAUUUUUGAUGUAGGCCGAAAUUGAGCGUCCCCUCCUUGACAGACCAGCAUCCGCCACUGAAGUACAAAAAUAUUCUUGAGAUAAGGCGGGGUGGUGCGGCUUCCUCCUUCCUUGUCCGCUCACCGUGUUAGCAAAUUGCAAUUCCUGUACAAUAGGUGGCAGUAUGCAGCAAAAGAGAUGUCGUCAGCCGGGAAAUUAAAAAAAGAAAAAGAGUCGCGAGACUCGAUGAAACAAACGAAACUCAAGCCAACGGAACUCGUCUGGUAGAAGGACGAGCCAAUCGAAGUGGCACGAUGGCCCCGUCGAGAUAAAGCCAACGAUUGCAAAAUUGCCACGGCCGUCGACAUGAAUUUGGAAUCGGCGGGUCAGCUUCCGACGAUCGACGUUGAGCUGGAAGACGGGGAAAUCUGCGACGACGACGGUGAGGAGACCUCCGCCGCCCGGCUGGGGGAGGGGAACGGCGGCAGGCCUCCCGGCGCCGCGGUACCUCCGCGGGGUCCAAGGCCGCCCUACAUGGGCCCCUCGCCGCCAGGCUUUCGCCGCAUGAUGCCCUACGACGUCCACGGACCGUCGAACCACCGGCAACAGUGCGGGCCGAGCGGGCCCGACCGACCUCGCGCUCCUGGCCCCCUUCCGCUACCACCUGGGCCGGGGCCGGGGCUCGCUCCUCUGUGUGGCGGGCCCGGUCCGCGGCCCAGCUUCUGGGAGCGGAGCCACGGCGCUCUGGGGAGGUUCAGGCACCGAAGCGUCUCCAACGGCGGGCGAGGGGCCUGGAACCGAGGAGGCUGGACCGGCCACAGACCCCCGAUGGCUCGUUACGGGCAAGCGGAGAACAGCAACAGGGAGCCCCCUGGCAGGAAACAGAAGCCACUCGGGAGGAUCCCGGCAAGAAGACCGCCGCCGAGUAUGGCCAAGUGCGAGGGUGCCGAGUCCUUCGAGGACCUGCUUUGCAAGUAUAAGCAGAUCCAGAUGGAGCUGGAAUGCAUCCGCAAAGAGGAGAGCAUGGCGCUGGAGGCUAAGGUCCAGGGGGCGGAGCCCAAGGGUCAGGAGGUCAAGGUUGAGGGAGCGGUGGAGUGUCCCGCGGAAGGCGUCACGCUUCCGCAGGAUUCCGUGCAGGUUGCGGCGGACGGCAAGAAAAGUUUCCAGGCGUUCAACAUCAAACCUCUCCGCGUGAAACUUUUUACACCUGCCAGUCUGGACACGAGCACGGAGGAGGAGGAGAAGCAGCAGCAGGAGCAGCAUCAGGAGGAAAAAGCCGCGGGCGCAGAGGCCAAGGUGGCGCAGAUGGAAAUGGAGGUCGUGAAGCCGCGCGCGGCUUGCGACGAAGACGCCAAGGACGGGGAGAAAACUCCCGGCAGAGAGUCGUCGGCCUCCAGCGAGGACGUCUUCAUCUGCAUCGAUGAGCUGGGGGGUCAGCUGGAGGAGGAGGACCUGUCGGAGUUGCAGCUGCGUUUGCUCGCCCUGCAGUCGGCCAGCAGGAAGUGGCAGCAGAAGGAGCGGCAGGUGAUGAAGAGGAGCAGAGAACCGAGGGCCGACGAAAGGACCAGGACCAGGUCCAGGCCUCAGGACCUUGAGCGAGACAAGGCCAGGCCCGGGAGCAGAGAACGUCCCAAAGCCUCCCCGAAGCCCGGCGCCAGGACUCCUCCGGAUAGAAGCCGGGCCAAGAAGAGCAGCGGCUCAGCGCCGGCCACAAAACAGGCGUUGAGGAAACUCCAGCGGCAGCGGGAAGAAGACGAGCGACACAAACGAGAGGAUGAAAUCCGCAAGAUCCGCGACCUGUCCAACCAGGACGAGCAGUACAAGCGCUUCAUGAAGCUGGUGGGGGGCAAGACGCACGGCGGCGCCAAGGCCAGGGACGGCGAGGGCAGGAAGUCCGCCGGCAGGACGGGCACGGACGCCGCGGGCAACCUCUACCAGUACGAUAAUUACGACGAGGUCGCCAUGGAGACGGACAGCGAGCCCGGUUCUCCGGCACGUGCCCCCUUCCCCGCCGAAGGCGGCUCGCCGUCUUUCCCCGUGACGGCGCAUUACGCGACGCCUUUCGCCGCCUGCGCCCCCCCUCCCUUGCCGCCGCCUCCGCCUCCCGCGGCCAACGAGCGCGCGCCUCCUCCGAAGCCUCCGUUUGCCGAUGAGGAAGAAGAGGAAGAGAUGCUGCUCAGGGAGACCUGCCUCAUGUCCAUGGCCAACAAGCGGGUGGUGACCGAAGAGCAGGAGCCGUCCUGGAGCGGCCCCCGCUCCCCGAGCGCCGCGGCCCUCGUCGCCGCCGAGCAGCCCGGCAGAGGAAACCUGAGCGCCGUCAGCCUCAACACCAUGACGGCGCCGCACGGGCACAAGUUUGCCAGGGGGGGCGGAGCUUCCAGAGCACCGCUGGUGCUGCCACGCCACAAGUCGGUGGUGGUGUCUCUGAACGGCUCGGAUGACAGCGACUCGGACUUGGACGUGGCGGCGGCGACGGCGGCCCAGGGCAUGAUGUACGGCGGCCUGGAGUUCAUGAUCAAAGAAGCCCGAAGGACGGCCGAGGUCAACGCCAACAAGUCCAAAGGCGCGGCGGAGACCUCGGAGAAGGAGAACGAUCCCAUGCGGACGCCCGAGGCUUUGCCCGAGGACAAGAAGGCGGAGUACCGCUGCCUCAGGGAGGAGCUCGCCAGCAGGGAGAAGCAGAAGGCAUCCGGUCAUGACGCUCACUCGGCGACCGCCGCCGCUGCCACGGCCGCGUCGCUAGUCAGCGAAGCGGAGCAGAAGCUGCUGAAGCAAAGAGAGUUGCUGGCACGAGACGAGGCGCUGCUCAAGAGCCUCCUGCAGCAGCAGCUCAAAAAGUCCGAGUCCCUCAAGGCGGCCGAGUCCAAGGUGGCCAGGCUCCGGGAGCAGAUGCAGGCCUCCGAGAAGAUCGUCCUGGCCAACAAAACGCUGUUGAAGAAGAUUCAAGAGCAGGUGCGGCGUGUCGAGCACCGCGUGUCGAUCAAGAAGGCGCUGGCUGCCCGCUUGGCGCAGGAACUGCUUUGGACUCAGAAGGCCGCCGGAAGAGAACCCAAACGCAAAGCCGGAGCCGUCCACAAACCGGCCAGGAAGCUCCAACGGGUGGAUGCCGCCAAUCACAUUGCGGCGCUGAUGGCUCAGAAGCAGCGUCUGCAGCAACUGGAGUCCGAGUACGCCCUGAAGAUCCAGAAACUGAAGGAGGCCCAGGUCUCGCGCAACAGGGCGGCGGCGUCUGAAGCGCCGAGCGAGCGGCGGCCCAAACCCGCUGCGCUCCCCGAGCCCAAAGUCUGUCUCCCGGCCUCCCCCGGCCCACCUCAGCCCUCCCUGCACGACCUCACCCAGGACAUACUGGUCCUGGGCAGCGACGACGGCCCGGAGCCCGAGGCCGACGAACCCGAGGCGGGGGAGCCGAAGGGGGAUGACCGGGAGACCGCUUGCGGGCCUGCCGCGGGGUCCGCUCCCCCUCGGCGUCGCUCCUUCCGCCGCUCCAGCUCCACCAAACCCAACCUGGAGCAGCCGAGUUCUGCUCCUGCCGCCAAAGGCCCCGCCCCCGCCGCCGCCGCCAAGAAUCCGGCGGAUGCGGCCACUGACGCCUGUGCCGCCGGUCUGGACUUGGAAGCGCUCAGGAGACGCCACCAGCAGCAGCUCGGGCUGGGAGAGCUGCUCCUGCAGGAACUGGCCAGCCUCGGGGAGCUGCACCACGUGGAGGACCGGGACGCGGGUCUGCACCAAACCGCUACGGUGCCGGCCGUGGUCACGGACGCGAGCAGAGCCGUCGGGUGGCCCGCCAGGCCGGUUCCUUUUGGCCCUUACCGCAGUCCUCUGUUGGUCUUCAAGUCUUACAGGUUCAGCCCGUACUACAGAACCAAGGAGAAGUUGUCCCUGAGCUCGGCUACCUACAGCAACACCAUCCGGCCCAAACGCUGCUUCUGCCGCUUCGACCUGACGGGAACGUGUAACGACGACGACUGUUCAUGGCAGCAUGUGAGAAGCUGCACGCUGACAGGAAGUCUGCUUUUCCAGGACGUGCUCUCCUACAACUUGUCUCUGAUCGGCUGCUCGGACAGCAGCACGGAUAGCCAAGUCGGCGCCGCCACAGAAAAGUACCUGAGCAAGCUGUUCGGUCCGCACAAAGACGGGAUGGCGGUGGACCAGAAGGCCGUUUUCCUGGUCAGCAAAGUCAACGAGAGCCGUCGUCACGUGCCGCCCUUCACCACCUGGAAGGACAAAAGGAACUGGAGGCCGUCGGCGGCGCAAAGCGAGCGCCGCGAGGACCGCGACGGCGAGGAAAACGCCGGCCUGGGGGAGCAGACGUGCGCAACGUCAGACGUUGGCUCGUUGGACGCGCGGGUGACGUCCGAGGACAAGCGUUACUUUGUCAGCGACACGGACGACAUCGGCAAGCUGGAGAGCAGCGUGUCGGACAACCCCGACGACACGCAGCUGUGGAUCAAGCUGGCCUUCAGAUACCUCCACCAAGGCGACACGCCGCCGACCGAGUGCUUGGAGGCGGCCCUGAACACGCUGUCUCGAGCGCUGGAGAGUAACUGCGACGACCCCGAAGUGUGGACGCACUUCCUGACGCUCUUCUCUCGCCGCGGACGCCGCGACGAAGUGGAGGAGAUGUGCCAGAUGGCCGUGGAGCACGCGCCGCACCACCGCGUCUGGUGGAACUAUCUGAGCUUGGCGAGCACGUUUGAGGCCAAGGACUCCGUUUGCGAGCGUCUCGUCGGCUUCCUGCUGGGCGAGGAGUGCGGCGGGGGCGCGUCCGAGGAGCGCUCCUUCCGCCUGUUGGAGGCGCUGCUCUACCGCGUCCACUUGAACGUUUUCACGGGCCGCACGGCUGCCGGCCUGGCCAUCUUCCAGGACGCCUUGACGCGCGAUCACCCGCACGCCAGCGUGGCCGGCCACCUGGAGGUGGCGCACCGUGCGCUAGCCUGGUUGUCGUACAUCCACCUGAAGGAGUUCGGCCGGCUCCCGUCCGCCCUGUACGACCCCACCGAGUCGGGCCCGUCCAGGCUCGUCAGCGCCGAAAGCUUCCCGUUACCGUGGCGAUCAGCCGCCGACAUUAAGAUGCCGCAGGAGCAGCUCAUCGGCCUUUUUACGGACGGCAUCCGCCAGUGCUGCGACGAGUCUCUGGCGCCAAGAGAGAGGACGUUGGCGUGCCUGCCCCUGCAUACCAACUUCCUGCUCCUGCACAAGCUGUCGGGCAGGUUGGAGGCGGGCGUGCUGCUGUGCGAGGCGCUCUUGGAGGCGUGUCCCGAGUCGUGCGUCCUGCGCGACGUCCUGUGCGAGUUCCACGUGUGCGCAGGCGACGGCGACGGCGCCGCCGGCUCGUGGCUCCGCGCGCUGGCCGAGUGUCCCGACGACGCCGAGGUUUUCUACCACUGCUGCCGCUUCCUCAUGGCUCAGGACAAGUGGAGCGCCGUCACGCCGCUCUUCCAAGGAUUCGUCUCGUCUCUGUGUGAGGAGCCGAGCGCUAACGUGGCGCCCGUCGAUCUCCUGCGGAGUAUCCUGGGCCUCCCCACAGAUGAGGUGCGGGCGUCGGCCGUCGUCCGGAAAGAUCUGCGAGAUCGGCUGCUCCGGCAGCGCUCCUUCCUGCAUCUGCUUCACUGUCGCUGGCAUUGGUUGCGCGGAUCGGUGAGGGACACGCUGGACGCCUUCGAGAGGGCGCUGGGCUCGGCCAUGACGUGCGACGAGCUUCACCGCCUGUGGACUGACUACCUCGGGUUCUGCAGCGCGCACGCGGCCCAGCGUCUGCCCAACUUGAUCCUGCGCUGCCUGGGCACCGUCCCCGCCCGGCUGGAGGUGCCCUUUGACCCCACCCACUUCUGGACAUCUUAUCGUUUCCACAACAAGGUGGUGGCGCUCUACCUCAGCUGCGUCGACGCAUCGCAGCACGCGGCGCUCCUGGAAAGGCUGCAUUACAUGAUGCCCGCCAACCUGGCCCUUUCGCUCAGGUUGAUGCAGCGCGAGUGUUCCGAGGGAAACAUGGAGCACGUCCGCUUCCAGGCCAAGAUGCUGACCAACAGCGCCCCCAAGUGUUUGCCGGCAUGGAACGUGGCCAUCGCGGCGGAGGCGGAGCUAAGGCAGCCGGCAGAGGCUCGUCGUACGGUCCAGCAGGCACUCCAGAAUCUUCCGCUCUGCGCCCAACUCUGGAAACAUCUUCUGCAGUGGGAGGCGUGCGUCGGCAGCGCGGGCGCCACGGAGCGUGCAUGCCGCGUGCUGUCCCGCAGCGAAGAAGCGGGCGUGACAUUAGCCGAGCCGGUCGCCAGCGCUCGGACGGACGCCGUCUGAUUGGUCGGUUGACGCCUGAGGGCGGCGAUACUUUGAGUCAGAAAGUUGAGAGCAAAAAGCGGCGCCUCCUCCUGGUGUACGUAAGUAUGUCCUGCUGAGUGACGUUUGCUUUGUCUCACUUGCUCUCUUUUCCCUGGGGCGGGGAGGGGGUGGGGGAGUGGGGGGGGGGGUCCCGAAAGACGUUUUUCGCCAUUUAUUUUUUUUUUCUUCUUUUGUGCGGAAGGAAGCAGACUUUUAUUUUGUUAAGAAACAAAGACACUGCCACUUGUUUGGCCUUAGCCGCAUCUCAGCGAAGCCGCAGGAAGUGACAAAACGCUGGACACCAAACGGCUCGUUUGCAAUUUUGUCUUUUUUUUUUUUUUUAAUUUUGGUCUGAUUAAAAGCCUUGGUCAUCAUUGAAUGUUUUUUUAAAAUAUAUUAAAUUAUUUUAUCAACACAAA